UUAUUGUUACUUUUAUUAUGUUUACAGCGCUUAGUACAUAAUACAAAUUGUCUUUGUGAAUGAAUUUUUAACAACGAAAAGUGAGUGAAAUUAAAAAACAAACAAAAAAUGGCUUCCGAUACAUUAAAUAUAGCACGACGAAAAUUAAAUGAAGUACUCGGUGAAAAGUCAACAAAGUAUUUCAAUCAAAUGAAAUUGUGGUUUCGUAUGAAGCUGACUAAGGAAGAAUUCGACGGAGAAGCAAGGAAACUAUUAAGUAACGACCAAGUACAUUUCCAUAACGAGUUUUUGUUAGCAUUGUUGAACAAAGUUGAAGGCUUAGCAGAAACUUCGAUUACAAUAGCCCAAGAGAAAGCUAAUUCACACAACAGAAACAGUCGGAGACAUAAGAGAAGCUCUAGAACCUCUGAGAAGAGUAACUUUGAACCAGUUGAUAUCCUUGAGUAUCUGCCGCCUAAUUCACCACCUGGAGCUGGCAGUGACGGUGUCAAAUAUGCAACACAAGAAAUAUUUCUACCUGAUCAUGCUCUAGUUGUGGGCAGAUUCAUGUUGGCCGCCUGGGAACUUGGCUUAGAAGGAGCGGAUGACGAUGCUGCUGACAUUGUAGUGGUAGCUGUACAGAAUUUCCUCAAAAAUGUAAUAAGUGCUGUUUUAGCACAAAGGAAAGGCUACAAAACUCACGGGAAGUACUUCAUGUAUGAUAUUGGUGGUGACAUGCCGAAUAUGUGGCUGAGAAACUCAGCCAAACUAUACGAUCCUCAGAGUUGGGGAAGGGUAAAUGUAGAUGAUGGAGUGGAUUCCCUCGGUCCCAGAUGUCCUCCUACAAUUGAUGAAAUGGAACAUUCAGCUGUUUUUGAAAUUGCCUGCAGUGCCCCAAAUCCAGAACCAAAUGAGGACAGACUAACAAUAGAUGAAUUCUACAAUACCUUAUUGACACACAGAAAUAUAAUUGCAUGUCAUUCAAUCUACGCAAUCAAUAUGGAGAGGUUAUCGGUCAUGUUAAAUCAUCCUAGUUAUUAGCAAAAAUAUAUGUAGUAACUUGAUGAAUGUUGCAUAAUACUUAAGUUUAAUAACACAUUUUGAUUAGCUUGACACAGAAUGGUCGAAGACAAAAAAAAUAUUUUUUUUGUCCUACCGAUAGCCUUGAGAGGCUAUUUCAGCUUCACCCUAACGUGUAGGUGAGCUCACGGGGCUCAAACCGA